CAACAUUAGCUAAUUGUUUUUUUCAUAUAUGUUGUCUUGAAUCUUCUCUUUAUCAUAUUCCUGCAACUACAAAUGAUAUGUAUCAAAAUUUUCAUAAUUAUAGUUUUAAAAAAUUUAAUGAUAGAUGGAAAGAGUUAGAUCAUAAAACCUUUGUUUUGACAUAUUUCUUGCAUCCAGUAUAUCGUGGUCGUGAUUUGCAUGCUGAUUCAUUUAGAAAAAAUUGUCAUUAUGCUUGUGAACUAAUUCAACAAAUGGAAUUUGGUCCUGAUGCUAUUACAGUAAUAGUAUCACAAUUUAGAAA